GGACAAGACCGCAUUAAAACACUUACUAUCUCUAUUUCCAUAUAUAACCAGUUACAUUGAGAUACUAACCAACUCAAUGAGUUCAGAACAAUCCCCACUUUCCGCUCUACAGACACACCACUUGGAGGAGGUACCGCAAGUCACCCAUACAGCGGGCGAAACAAAGACCGUUUUUGAUAUAGCGAGCGAGUUGGAGAAACAGUUGAAUGACUUGUUGGUACGGGUCGAAGAAUCAGACCUAGAGAUAAAGGGCAAGCUUGAUUCGAUUCAGCAUAGAUUAAAUGCCCUCGAAUCCAAAUUCAAACUGACGUAGGAGACCCCUCAGCAUUUUCCACAACCUUCACCACUCCCAACCAAAUACGUCUUCCCCUAUGCAGCAACAGACGGAAUCACAAAAUUUGCUCCACCACAGCUCCACCCUUACGCAAAUUUAACGGUUAGCAUCUGACCGUUCUACUAAGCUACUUACUAUUACCACUUGUACUAUUAAUUAACCAAUACAAUCGAAUUUACCCGU